UUUUGUCUUUUACAGGCCAAUCUGAUCGCCCCUUAAGAGAUAAUUCACAGCGACCCCUUUGUUUCACAUUGAGUUUACCUUCGAAACUUGGACGCACUUUAAAGGGAUACAUUUGACGUUUGUGUUCAUUUUGAAUUAUACGAACGGCGGAAAGGCGUCUAAUUUCUUCGUGGUUCAAAAAUUUAGAGAAAAUAUAAUUAUUAGAGCUGAAAUGCAAAAAUUACAAAAGAAACCACCAAACAGAGCUGAAUUAGCCAAAUUGUUGAAAGAUGUACCUGAAGAAUACCAACAACAUAUACAGUCGAUGUCGCUUAAAAUGAUGCAGCAUCAAGCUUAUGGACAGCCUUAUCAAUGGAGUACACGAGACUUUGAAAUGGGCGCUCCUUUGGGACGUGGUAAAUUUGGACGUGUGUAUCUGGCGCGGGAGCGUACAUCAAAUUUUAUAGUUGCUAUGAAGAUAAUGUUCAAAGCUGAGUUAGAGAAGGGAAAUGUACAGCGGCAAGUUUUGCGAGAAAUUGAAAUACAAACGCGUCUUAAGCACCCGAAUAUUUUGCGAUUGCUCACUUGGUUUCACGAUGAAAGUCGAAUAUAUUUGGCACUAGAAAUUGCUUCAGAGGGAGAAUUGUAUAAACAUUUGCGAAAUUCCCCACAUCGUCGGUUUGAAGAGCCACGGGCUGCUAAAUAUACGUAUCAAGUUGCCGAUGCGCUUGAAUAUUGUCAUUUAAAUAAUGUAAUACAUCGUGAUUUAAAGCCAGAAAAUAUUUUACUGACGUCUUCAGAUGAUGUGAAGCUAGCCGAUUUUGGUUGGUCUGCUCAUACACUGUCUAACAAACGUAAAACACUUUGCGGCACUUUAGAUUAUUUGCCCCCGGAAAUGGUGGAUGGCCACAUAUAUGAUCAUUCGGUAGAUCAUUGGUGUUUAGGAAUAUUAUGUUACGAAUUUUUGGUGGGAUGUGCACCUUUUGAGUCGAACGACAAUGAAAAAACUUAUGAGAAAAUUAGACGUUUGGAGGUUUAUUAUCCACCCCAUCUCAGUUCAGGAGCAAAAGAUUUAAUUUCAAAGUUGCUUCGAAAAUCGAAUAGUGGUCGUAUUACACUUGUUGAGGUAAUGAAGCACCAAUGGGUCAAAGAGAAUAUGGCUAAGAGAAAUGCAUAUUUAGAAGAGAAGAUGAAACGCGAAAAGGAAAUAGAAUAAAAUAUUUUUAAUUUUUAUAAAAAAGACUUUUUCAUUUCUUAAAUUAUGUAAUUUUAUUAAAUCUUACGUGCGCUAACUCCUACUUUUGCAUACCAAUAUUCAUGUUAUUAACAGUUUUUUAGUUUGUGAUUUUAAUAAAGGAGUUUUAAAUAAAAAUUAUAAUUUAGAAAUCCCCUGAGAAAAAAUCCACCAAU